GAGGGGCGGGCGGCGGCGGCGGCAGUGGCGGCCCAGGGCCCCUUUGUUCGGGCGGGAGAGAGCGAGAGAGAUUGAGAGGAAGGCGGAGGAAGGAGAGGACGAGGGUCUUUGUGAGCGCCCAGAGAGAACUGUUGGUGAGCCAAGAUGAGUUGGAGUUUCCUGACACGCCUCCUUGAGGAGAUCAACCAACACUCAACCUUUGUGGGAAAGGUGUGGCUGUCUGUGCUGAUUGUCUUCCGCAUUGUGUUGACUGCCGUGGGUGGUGAGUCCAUCUACUAUGAUGAACAGAGCAAAUUCGUCUGCAACACGCAGCAGCCUGGCUGUGAGAAUGUCUGCUAUGAUGACUUUGCACCCCUCUCACACGUCCGUUUCUGGAUCUUCCAGAUUAUCAUGAUUGCCACCCCAUCUGUGAUGUAUCUGGGCUUUGCGCUACACCGCCUCUCACGCCAGCCCCCUCGAAAAACCCGGGCACCUGUAGUGCACCGUGGGGCUGGCCGUGACUAUGAAGAGGCUGAGGACAAUGGUGAGGAGGACCCUAUGAUCUUUGAGGAGGUGGAGCAAGAAAGAGAGGUGAAGGAGACACCGGAUCAGAAACAUGAUGGCCGCCGGCGAAUCAAAAAAGAUGGCUUGAUGACAGCGUAUGUGCUGCAGUUGCUAUGCCGUUUGGUGUUUGAGGUGGGGUUUCUGCUGGGGCAAUACAUUCUGUACCGCUUUGAAGUCAAUCCCUCAUAUGUAUGCUCCCGUAGUCCUUGCCCUCACACCGUUGAUUGCUUUGUCUCCCGUCCCACUGAGAAAACGAUUUUCCUCUUGAUCAUGUAUGCGGUGAGCGGGCUUUGCCUAUUUCUCAAUAUUUGUGAGCUCUUGCACCUGGGCUUCGGGGGAAUCCGGGAUGCUUUCCGUGGCCUUGACAAGGACAACGGUGUCCCUCCCAAGUCCCAGUAUGCUCGGAAGGACCCUUCUGCACCUCCUACCUAUCAUUCAAUCAAGAAGAAUCCCUCCAAGAACCACCUUGCUAAGGACAAAAUGGCUUAUGGUGGAGAGAACUUAGCUGGCAUUGGUGCUGAGCGCUAUGCUGUUGCAUCGGGUCUCCCAAACCAUGAGUUGGAACGACUUCGCAAGCACCUCAGGAUGGCACAGGAGCAUUUGGAAAUGGCUUUCCAUCUUCAGCCAGAGGACACAGCCAGCCCUUCGCGUAGUAGCAGUCCAGAGUCUAAUGGGUUGGCAGCAGAACAGAACCGCCUCAACCUGGCACAUGAGAAGGAAGGUGCAGCCUGUGAGCGAACAACUGGUCUCUGAAGACCUCGCUGGGCCUCACUGGGCAGCUGCACAGAUGACAACAGGAAGCGUCUGUGGAGAAUUGGCAGCAUGUGAAUGUGUACUCCUGGCCUGAAGAUUGGGAACGCCCUGACAGACUGGGGGUGGGUGGGAGGGGGUGACAAUAUGCUCUGAUCCUUCUUUGAGGGUUGAGGGCAAGAGAAAGGGACAGAUGUGAACAUCCACGUCCCUCAUGUUUGAGGAGGGUGGAGCGGUAGUGGGGCACCCUUGGAAGUCUCUCUUGAUGUAUAUACGUAUGUGAGUGUGUGUCUUUUUUUAGGGGUCCAAAGGGAAACUUAUUUUUUUACUUUUUUACAUGUUAUAGAGGUACUAUUUUGUCUCUUUUAGAGGGAUUUUUUUGUCUUGUUUUUCUCUAGCAGGACUGGAUAGGUAGCUAUAUGACAGCCUCUCCUUGCCCCCUUAAUUUUCCUGUAGAGGUUUACUGUACAUUGGGGAAGGGAUGGCAAGAGAAGACUAUGAUGUCCACAACAUUCCAGAUGUCUGCACACAUUGUGUGCAAAUGGACCUCUUCCUUUGCUUUCCCCCUCUCCCCAACACCAGAAACAAAUGGUGGCUGGGCCAAAGAUAAUAAUAAUAAUACUUCUGCUACAUUCCAAGAUGCUGUCUUUUAGGCAGUGUCUGUCUUCCUGCCCUCUGUGGGGUGCGGUGCUGGAUUCCCUCCUUAAUUGCGAUGGGAGCUGACGUUUCAAUCAUCUCAACGGUUGACAUAAAAAGUAUUCGUACGGGAUUUUUUUUUGUUCUUUUUAUAUAUGGAAUUUACUGGAAUAGUUAUGAAGUUGUUCCUUUUUAUAUGAAAUAUAUAUUUGGUAAAAAUCAACCGGUUUUUAAAAAAUACGAA